AUGGAAAUUGACCCAGCCGACGAACCAAUCAGUGUAAUACCGACAGAAACAAGUGAUUCCACGGAAAGCCAACCAACCUCCGUCGGUCCAUCGCCGACUUCUCCAACGAAACACGAACGCUGGAUUCCACUUGUUUGGACGACUUUCUACUAUUUUGUUGACGAGGAAGAAUUCUCGAAGGACGUUUUUCUUACUCGACAAUUGCUCUGGGACAAGGAGCUUGUCAGGCAAUCCUCCAUCUUGCCGAAUGAUUUUGAGGACUAUCAAGCUUUUUCGCCGCACGACAUCUUUGAUAUAAAUCAAAUGGAAGUACCGGAAAAAGAUCAACAAAAGCUUGCGAAUACUACGAACGAUUUUCCCAAAUGCUUUGGAGAUUCAAUGAAGAUGGAGUAUGAUCAACCAAAGAGACAAAACAACUUGGGUUGGACGGAAGGAAUUUCAGCAGAUGGUUAUUGGGAGACGUGCUCCACUUAUGUGAUCUACAAAAUAUGGAUUAGCGUUUUUCAAGAGCAACUAGACAAAUUGGAAUUGGAAAAAACUUAUCAACAAAUGACGGAAGCAAAACCAAGAAAUCUGCUUCCCGUUCAUCAGAAACUUACGAGUUACGAAGCCGAGUAUGUGGAACUACCACAAUAUUUGGCGGCAAAUACAAAUGAGGAGAAAUUUACGAUCCUUUCAGAGUUCAUGAAAGAAAAAUGUUGCAACGAUUUCAUGGCAGCUCAGGCGGCACAAAGGACUCAAAAAAGUAAACGAUAUUUGAAGAGGAUCGGAGAACUUGGGAUUGCAACUGGCUUUGAUAAGAGAACAUUUCAAGUGUCCGACGACGUACAUGAACAGGACGACGAUGAUCUAAACGUGUCUCAGAGUAGUAAUGUGUCUACCGACGACUCGUCAAAAAAAAAGCGUCAGAAAGUUGUCUACGACACGGAUGAUAUCUUUUACGAUGUGAUGUAUGAGGUUUAUGAAAGUAAAGCGAUGCGAAUGGUUCUUGGGAACAAAAACGAUGAGAAAACAACCGAAGUAGAAGCUGAAAAAGCUGAAGAAUCAAUGCAAUCACCAGUAGACAUCACUCAAAUUUCAUUUGCAUUUGAUCCGGAAAAAGAUGCCCAUUUGAUUGCCAAGGAUGCCUAUAAAAUUUUCAAGUUUGACCCAGAAAUUCGCAAAUAUUGGUAUCAGCGUUAUCGCCUUUUCACUCGACUCAAUCAUGGAGUUCUGAUGGAUAGAGAGGGAUGGUUCUCAGUCACACCCGAAAGAAUCGCAUCUCAUAUUGCUCAACGGAUGGUUUCUCGCAGUGGAAUGAUUAUUGUCGAUGGUUUUGCUGGUGUUGGCGGAAACAGCAUUCAAUUUGCAUUGAGAGGUGCAUAUGUUAUUGCUAUUGAUCUCGAUCCAGUAAGACUCAAAUGCGCAAAGAGGAACGCCGAAGUAUAUGGAGUGGCUGAUAGGAUUGAGUUUAUUUGCGGGAAUUACUUUCACGUGCUCUCACGUUGGGCAUCCGGCAAUGGAACAAAUGAUUUGCCAGGAGGCGGUUUCAUUGAUGCCGUGUUUCUGUCUCCUCCUUGGGGUGGCCCUUCCUAUCUGCAAGACAAGGAAUUCGAUAUUGGCACUGGUUGCUGUCCAAAUGGUUUCGAAAUUUUCGAAGCCGCUCGAAAGGUGACUCCAAACAUUGCCUACUUUCUUCCGAGAAACACCAAACAGUAUCAGGUUAUACGGCUAGCAGGAAAAGGUGGAAGUGUGGAAAUUGAGCAAAGUUGCCUCAACAAAAAGAUAAAAACGAUAACAGCAUAUUACGGUGACCUGUGUUGCGGUGAAAAGAGAAUGCAAACAAAAGCUUUGGAU